AUGACAACCAGCAGCCCGCCUUUGACCCCCGACCAGCGACAUUUUGCCUCUGUGGUCCCCAUCAGCGACUUCGCGUUGGCGUCGAGACCGAGUUUCACUGCUGCGGAGAGGGAGAAGAGGUCGUGGGCUCAGAUCGUGUCGGCUAUCAAUGCUGCCCUGUUGAUCAAACAUUCAAUGGCUGGUCUUGUGAGAAGGUCUGCAAGAAUGGCAGACUUCUGGUGGAUGGCGAGUGCGCACGUCCACCUGGUACGGUCGAAUCGUUCGACGGAACUUGCGACACACGGGCCAAGCCUGACUGUUCAUCUGGUUUAA